AUGAUGAAAGGCCUGACUCAAAAAAAUCAAGGUAACUUCAUUGAAUUGAUAAAGCUCCUAGCAACUUAUAAUGAUGAUGUUUCUGGACUUGUCUUGGAAAAUGCGAAAUAUACAUCACCAAAAAUUCAAAAGGAAAUUCUACAUAUCAUUGCAAAUAAAGUGCGGGAUAUGAUUCGAAAAGAAAUUGGGGAUGCCAAAUUUUGCAUUCUCGUUGAUGAAGCUCGGGAUGAGUCAAAAAGGGAGCAAAUGGCUAUUAUUCUGAGCACUUUGAAAAAGAAUAUAUGUGCUGUUCUUUCUCGUUACAACCUUCAAAUUGAGAAUAUUCGAGAUCAAGGAUAUGAUGGAGCUUUAGUUGCAGCAUCUAGAGAAGCCAAGCAUAUUCAUCAGUUCUUUAUUCAGUUGGCUUCUAUUAUCAAUAUUGUUGGUGGUUCUUCAAAACGCCAUGAUGAAUUACAAGCUGCUCAAGUUGCUGAAAUUGAAAGUUUGAUUGUUUCUAAUAAAAUUGAGACUGAAAAUGAUAUUGAUAUUCCUGAUAGAAAUGCUCAUUACAGUAGAGCUCCAGGUCAAUCUCAUCGUCAAGAUGAAGGGUCUCUAACGACAGUCAAGCAUCAUUUUAGAGUUAAUAUAUUUACUGCUGCAAUAGACUUUCAAUUACAAGAAUUGAAAAGUAGAUUUGGUGAGCAAGCUGUAGAACUCCUCACUCUUAGCGUUGCUUUAAGACCUAAAGAUGCAUACAAAUCAUUUGAGAUUGAUGAUAUAUGCAAAUUAGCUGAGAAGUUUUAUCCUAAAGAUUUCAACGUGCAAGAAAGAUUCUGUUUGAAGUUUCAAUUGGAACAUUAUAAGCUUGAUGUGCCAAAACAUUCAAAUUUUCAAAAUAUGUCUACAUUAUCUGAGUUAUGCAUAGGAUUGGCGAAUUCGGAAAAGUCAAAGAUCUAUCCUUUGAUUGACAGGUUGAUUCAUCUAGUGUUGACUCUCCCUGUUUCUACUGCGACUACAGAACGAGCUUUUUCUGCGAUGAAACUUAUAAAAACUAGAUUGCGUAGUAGAAUGGAAGAUGAAUUUCUUGCAUACCAUAUGGUAGUUUAUAUUGAGAAAGAAAUUGCUAAGAAUUUCAUUUCAGAGAUGGUAAUGGAUGAAUUUUAUUCUAUCAGCGAUCAUCGUCGAGCAUAA